ACAACAUUAAUGUCAAAAAAUUAACAAUUAUUUUGUUAUAAUAUUAAUUUUUGUUAUAAAUCAAAGAAAAAAAAAUAACAAAAAUCUUUUAAUGAAGCACUAUGUCAUAUGGUUAAUUCUUUUGCACUUGUGUUGCUGCGAAGACCUUGAUUAUAUUGACUACUAUCCCCAAACAAUUCCACUUCAAGCUGAAAAUCCAUCACCCCAGUAUAAGGCAGUUAUGACAAAUCUCUAUAACAAUUGGCACUCGCCAAUUUCUUAUUUAAAGAAACGAGGCUAUAUGCCAAAUAAUAUCCAGUAUGAACCCAAAGAAAAUCUUAAAAAGAAAAUUUAUCCGCACAAGAAUCUUGAAAAAGGUGAAAAUUAUUUCUUUUUUCCUGACAAUAAAGAACCAAGAACAAGAAACACCAUAAUGUUAUUGGAAAAUAAUUCAAGUCCGGAUACACCAAAUACGGAAGUAACAGAAGCACCAUCACCACCCGUAGUUGAAGAAUCAAAAAACAAAAAUGAUACCACCGGAAUAAUUAAUAAAGUCAAAGAUAAAUUCCUAAGCAUCUUUUCUCAUAAAGAUAAAAGUAAAACUGGUCAGGUGGAAGAAAAUUUUGACCUCGAAGAUCCAGAGUUUCUAGAAAACUACAAUGAUGAAUAUGAGUUUUCAGAUAGAAGGAUUUUUGCAAGGAGUAUUCCUGAAAAACCAUUGAAACCUUUGAAUUCUUCUAAUGAAAACAUUUUAAGCAAUCUCACUGAUAACGAGAUUCAUUUCAUAAAAAGUUUUAUAAAUUGGUUCAAAGAAAAUAAAAACAAUUUUAAAUUCUUAUCUUUGUCGAAUGUAACGACUUCCGGGAAGAGUCCGGAUACAAAAGAUAAUGACAAAAAAGAGGACACGAAGCCAAAUGUUCAAACGUCAACGGAAUCUGGAUUUGAUAAGAAGGUAACUUCAACCUCGAAACCAGUGAAUAUUACAACUGAAUGUACAGUCGUUGGGAGUGAGCCAUCAAUAACCGUCAAGACAAUUCAAGGGCAAAGUAAUGGUUCUGUUUCGAAAAAUAUUUCUUCAAAGACUUCUGAUGCCAAGGAUACUUUUACAGUUGACUUGGACAUUAAUCAAAAAAAUGGAACUGGAGAAGUUACAAUGGGUGGGGACAAAACCACACAAUGUGCACCAUUGCGUUUAAAUGAUAUGUCUUUUGACUUGGAAUGGAAUAAAAUCAAUACAGCUCCUCAAAAUGGUCGAGCUAAAAUGAAUAUUCUUGAUCUUCCUUAUGGCAAUCAAGAACCACAAGGACAAAGUCUGGCAGCUAAAUUUCUUCAAGAUGUAAAUUCAUAUCCGGAUAAGAGUUAUGAAUAUUUGAAAACACCAUAUGCUGACAACUUUUUGGAUUCCCAGCAAUCUCUUCCAAGUGAUUUGGAUCUGCCUCUUAAAAGUAGUACUAAACGUGAAGUAGCCUUACCAAGUUUUGGCAAAAAGGGGAAGAUUUAUUCAUUCCCAGACACUGAAGAUGAUGAUGAAAGUUUUUUGGCAAAUGGAGGAGGGGCAUCCCCUAAACGGCGUAUCAAGAGUAGAGUUAAAGGUAAAGGACGAAACAAAAAGAAACCCAAACAUAAGAACAGUGAUAGCGGCAGAGACUUUCAACCAUCUGAAACCUUCGAAGAUGAUACAAAAGAAGGAACUGAUUUUAAUUCUUUCGAUGAACUUAAAGAUAUCCAGUUCAGGGUCAAUAAUGAUGACGAAGAAGCUAUUUCGUCGUUUAUUUCAAGCCUCAAUGCACCACCAGAAGUGUUUAGCUUUGAUGUUGAUAAGUAUCUGAAAACAGCAAAGGAAAAUAUGGAACCUAAGGCACCCGAAUUUGAAUAUAAAUCCCCGGAAGCAAGAACUUAUUAUGAAUUCUUAGAAUCACCGUCAGUUGAAAAUGAACGAUUACCAUUAAUUGAAACAGCACCUGAAGAUAUCCAAGUUGAACCAGGCGUCGAAAAACGAUCUAGAAAUUCACCAAUGAAACGUGACCUUUUGAGGCAAUAUAUUAAAGGUGUUUCAAGUGCACUUAAUCACAAUUUUGAUGAUAUCUACUGUGAGAAUUGUAACAAAAACUCAGAAGUAAAGCCACAACGAAGCUCAAAUUCAGAUACAGAUUUACAAAUUCGAACAGACAAUCUGAUAGAUAGAUUUUCAACCAAUUUAGAUGCAAUGGAUUCCAUCAAAUCUAAUGAAAACUACGAUGAUUCCAUUAAUAAUUAUUUCCUUCUCAAUGAUGGUAGUGAUCAAGCCAUUGAUCAGCCGAAACAGAAUCAAGAAAUUGUCCCAAACGACUAUUCACCUCAGAGCUUAGAGAUUGAUUUGGAUUUGGAUAAAAAAUUUCGAGAUUUAAAUAUUGGAAGGUAUACUAAUGACUUGUCAAGAAGAUUAGUGUCUGUUGAUUCAAAAAACACUGACGAAGUGCCAAAUGAGGGCAAAGAAAUAGAAGUGAGUAAUCUUGAUAACGAUCCAUAUUGAAAAUGACAUAAUAUAUAUAUUUAUUUUAUAAAAUGUAAGAUUAUUUUGUUCUAAUUUUAUAUUUUGUUACAAGAGUUAUUAUAA